AUGAAGGUGGUCUCCACAUUACCCCCCCCUUUUUCGAGGCUUCUUCUUGUUUACUAGGCAAAAGAAGUCUUCUUGGGGUAACCGGAACACGACCGGCUGGCGGCGAGUACAACCACCUUUUUUUCCAACAAUCUUCUGUGCGGGUGUGCGGGUGCGCCACUUCCGCCACGCAUUGCCAGAAGUUUCGAGUUCGAUAGACAGUGCAUCGUUUUCUUGGCCCACCCACCGUUUUUCUCUUUUCCGUACUCCGGAAGAAAAUUAGGUGAGCAGCGGGUUUUGAACCCGUGUCUUUUUGCAACCAAAAGCAGGCACCUGACAUCUCUUCGUCGACGCCAUUGUGGAAAAGAGGAUUUCGUCCUCGACAGACAUUGGGGAGUUUCAACCUUUAUGAAGGUGGCAUUAACCUUAGGUAAGCUUGUGCUUACUUUGGACUGUACCCUCCUCAUCCUCUGGGGGAGGUAGAGGGGGGGGGGGCGCAUGGCCUCUAUUUUUCAGGGGGGGUUCGGGUACGGGUUGGGGGUCGGGUCUAUGUGUACUGCAUUAUCGAGUUGUCCCCUCACUAUAGCUACUGUGGAUUUUCACUAUACAGCUAUCCUCACUCAACGCAUCUAUGUGUCUGGCAAUCUCCAAUACAAAUCAACCUGUGAGGUUUCAGUAUGCAGCUUUCUUCACUCAAUGCGUCUAUGUACCCGGCAGUCGCGAACGUCACUCAACCCGUGAGGUCUCAAUAUGC